GACAAUAUAUUAUUUUUUAAUGACAUUUGUCAGCAUUAUUCUUUUUUUAAAAAGACGCUACUUUGUCUUUGAAUGAUUUUCCAAACAAAAUCCACCCAAAAUUUGCGAAAGUAAGAAAGUAUAAGGACAGCGCUAUCUCGCAAAACUCUUUAUGGGAUAAUACAUUUCAUUUAAUCUUUGUGCCUUCAAUGAAAGUUCAUUUCCAACUUCAAAAGUUGCCGCCUUUAGAGUGGCGCUGGUUGCCGCCUGUAGACUAUAAACCUCUCUUCAAGGUCACGUCGGAUCAUCCGGGCUACGUCAUGGUUUCAAAAAUACCACUUGAAAUCUCUUAAAUGGACUUGGUCGGUACUAGGGUGUUUGUGGAAAGGGUAGGCGAAAGGUUUAUCAGAGCCUAUGCGCAAGUGAUAACUCUUGAGGAGGUAUCAACGCGAGAGUGGGGACGAGUUAGCAAUCGUCUUGUGGCGCCAUCAAGCCAUGCUGGUCUACCAUCAUGCUGGGCUCUCACUCGGUUGCCUCCAGUGUUGGCAAGAGGAGCUGAUCGCCACGAUCAGAGGUAGAUCGAGGUGCCGUUUGUGCGCGCGUGCCCCCAUCAAGAUGGCUUUGUCCGUUGCGACGUCGUUGUGAUAUCGUUUCGGACGACAAGGGGAGUCCGAUCGCUCGGAUUACUCCGAAGUGCCGAGGAGAAUCGUCAGCACGACGACAAUCAUCAGCACGACGAGGACGAGAGGAGGGAAGGUGGCAGCCAACAACGUCUUCAGCGACGCGGAGAUGUGACGCUUGUCGGCGAACCGGUGAGUGCAAAUGGCAGAAACACCCGAGAUGGAAUCGCCUUCGGCCCGUCAGGACUGUCUCGUUGAGGCCCAAGAGGAUUCCACCUCAGUGGAGCCUGAAGCGGAAAGCGUAUUAUCUUCAAGCAAGACGAUGACGACAGAAGCUGAGGAGAGCGCGCGAGAUUCUCGCGAGGACUUGGCGCGCGAGAGACUGGACAAAGGAUCGGAAAGUCAAGGACCUCAGGAGAGACAAUCGAGCGAAGAAGAGGUAGACGCGGACCUAAAGUUGGCAAAAGAAAGCAGCGAGACGGGGAAAAAUUUAGAUAUUGAUUUCGACGUGGUGGCGUCGACGAAAGACUCUCUCCGAGAAUCCGAGGAGUCUUUGAAGAUGCCUGAUUCUCAGAAUUGGAACGCCGAGGAUGAGGAAGAUAGAAUUGAAAGGAAGAGGUCGACCGGGAGCGACUUUCUGCCAAUCGGCGCCGAGAUCAGAAGGGUUGGCGUCGAAAUCUCGGAGGAAGAGGCGACCCAAAUGAGAAACGACGUCAGAAGGUUGUCGCCGGUAUUAGUGAGUUUGCGGGAGAGAACCCUGGGCGAGGUCUUCCUAUCUUCGCAGUCCUGUCUCUUCGCGGACGAGACUGACGGGAAGACGUCGCGGAGUAACGACACCCCGCAAGACUCAUCCGCGAAGAACGAUUCCAAAAUUGAGGCUGUCGAUCAAAGUGAAAUGCGACACGUCGACGAGGAGGAAGACACGGUCAUCAAGGUCGGCACGAGUCUUUCAGAUUGCUCGAAGAAGCUGAACUUCGAUGAGGAGAUGCUCGACGCGGCUUCUCCGGUUCCUUCCAGGUCCGAGGAUUCAAACGAAACGAGUCAGGACACGCCGAGCAAGAACGAAGUGACGUCGAGUCCUGCGUCGAGUCUCGUUUGUCGACGUUUAGCUGUGGUGCUGAACCGCAUCAAGGAGGAAGACAUGAAAGAGAACAAGUCGACGGACGAAAACGUCGACGAAAGCCUGUGGAACGUCGAGGAAGGUCCUGUAUAUUCUAAAAGGAAAAGAAAUUCCGUCGAGGAGGAGUGCGAUUCGUCUUCGGAGACUUUGAAGACCAGGGAGAGAAGCCCGAAGAAAGUACGGUGGCAAAAUCAUUCCUCCCCGGUGACGAGAUCGAAGAAGUGCGAGCUGACGGAGGAUAGUCAAAGUCCGGAUCGUAAUCCGAUACUGAAAACGUGUAAGGUGGUAUUGGAACGAAUGAAGAGCGAGCUCGAGCACGUUGAGGAAUUCGAGGCGCUCAAGAGAUCCGAAAGAGAGGAACUCGCGCCCGUGGCGGUGAUCGGCAAGCUAGAGGUGGACGAGGAGGUGGUGCUGACGAGCUCAUCGUCCUCGGCCGAGAACAGCCGUGCGUUUAACGAAUUGGACUCGCUGGAGACGACGCCGAGCUCGCCGGAAGAGGGAGAGACCACGCCGGAAGAGACGUCGGUCGACGUCGGCGCCGAGGGUGUCGACACCGAGACGGAAACCGAGACCGGCUCCGACAGCUCGGAGGUGUCUCCCAUGACGAACAUCCGCGACGUCGACAUGGCGUCGGAGCAUCAGCUGCCCUGCUCCGAGGAAGGGCCGCUCUGCUGCGUGGAAGCAAUGGCGCCGAUCAUGACCAGGCUGGAGACCGAACGACCGGAAGCGUACACGGAGGACUCCGCCGAAAGUCUGACGCUGGCCACCGGCGCCAGGGACGAAGUUAGAUCCGAUGGCAGCGAUUCGGGUCUAGGGAACGAGAUUUCGGGGGAUCCUGGACCGGCGCCAGCGCCGGAGAGCGACUCGGAGACCUCUUUCCUCGACCGACUGCCGGACGAUAUCUUGUCUGACAAGGAGAAAGGCGUGAAUCAACUGGAUGGCUUCGCGCCGUCCUCAGGUACGUCCGAGGCCUCGGGCCAGGCACCCCUGACAAGUUUCCGGACACUUCCGGCCAAGAGCAAUUUGAAGCGCAGGCUGACCGACUGCAUGGAGAGCGAGGAGUCGCGAAGCAACCCCGAUGAGCCCGUGAAGAAAAAGCGCAACAUCCAGUUCGAUGCAGUAACAGUUUAUUACUUUCCCAGGACGCAGGGCUUCACCUGCGUACCUUCCCAGGGCGGCAGCACUCUGGGGAUGAGCGCGACGCAUACACACGCCGAGAGAUUCUCGCUGUCAGAACACGCGGCUGAGCAGAGGCGAAUCCAUCGCGCGCAUCUCGCGCAAUUGCGCUCGGAGCGCAACUGCGCGACCAGCUGCGUGACCGAGACGGCGUCGAGCUCGGAGGAUCCGAGCGACGACACCGACGAGGAGCCGAGCGACACCGAGGAGCUCGACAUCGACAGCUACUACUUCCUGCAGCCGGUGCCGACGUGGCAGCGCCGGGUGAUGCUGAGGAACGCCGGAGUGCGAAGGAUAGACGCCGUCGAGAAGGACGAGUGUCGCGACAUACGCGCUAGCAGAGAGCACUGCGGAUGCGGCUGCAAAGGAUACUGUGAUCCUGAAAGCUGCCCCUGCAGCAGGGCGAGCGUCAAGUGUCAAGUGGACCGGCCGGGAUUUCCUUGCGGCUGCACGCGGGAUGGUUGCGCAAACAGCUCCGGCAGAAUCGAAUUUAACCCGGUGCGUGUGCGAACGCACUUUAUUCACACGCUAAUGCGCCUCGAGCUGGAGAAGAAGCAGCGCGAGGAGGAGGUCGGUGGCGAGCACGCGGAUCAGGUUGCGGACAAUCAGAGGCAGGUCGGCAGAGGAAACGGCGCUUCGCUGCGAGACAUCGAUUCCCUAGGGAUGGAUAUCGCCGGCAGGAGCGGCGACGCGUGCGCGAUCCCGGGUCCCGCGGGCGGAGGCGGAUUCACGACCUUGCACUACGAGACGGGUCACGAGGGUGGUGUGGUGACAGCGGGCUGCCAACCGGAGGUCCCCGGCACGAGGGAGGACAGUUUAGACCUGUACGCCAUCAGGGACGAUUGUUACGCGAGCGAGGACACGGUCGACGGCAGCCAAUCGGUCGCGGUGCAGCGGAAGCUGCAUCCGGAAUUCGGCCAGGCCUUCCAGAGCUUCUCGACGGGGGCGCAAAACGCCGGAAGUGGCGGCGCCGGAGGUGGCAUGAGCUUCCAGCAAUCCUCGUAUCAGGAUUACGUGACGUCGCCGUACGCGAAUCUACCGUCCACGUCGCGGGUCUCGCAGUUCCAGCCGCAAUUUCAAUCCUCGCCUAAUCCGGCCGCGUUCGCGCACUACGGACCCUAUCCAGGCACCCAGGAUCCCGCGAACGCCGCUCUCCAUCAGGCGCCACCGGGUCAGCAGCAACAGCAGCAACAGCAACAGCAGCAACAGCAGCAGCAGCAGCAACACUCGUCCUACGACUCGACCGUGUUCGCGCAGGAGGAAGCUGCGAGUGCAGCGCAGUACACGAAUCUCACGAAUUCGGUACAACCGAUGAACGCGACGACGGUGGUGCAGCAGAUGCAGAGCAAGCUCGAGCCCUUCUCGGAGCUGCUCAGCGGCAGGUAUUCGUACUACGGCGAGAUGCACGAACCGCAGCAGCAUCACGGUACUUACGGAACUCACGGUGGCCACGCGAGUGCGGCCGGAAAAAUCGCGGAGAUGGUCGUUGAACCGGGCCAGGUAGUCGGGGAGCAACAGACCGAGGGCACAUCCGAGGAUUGCGACGAGAACUUUGGCGAGAUUAUCAAAAAGUCGAUGGUCGAGACCGUGUCCGCUUAAAAUGGGGAGAAACCUAACGGAAUUUCAGGAUAAACGCAUCGAAAAUAAGCGUCAAAAACCGGAAGAAUACGUAAAGAACCUUUUUUAACGCUCGAAAGAGUUUAUUUUCUUCGAGCCUUUUGUCGGGAGAGAGAAAAUGUCCGAAUAUAAUUGUCUGAAGUUCGAGGAGUAUAGUACAGAAGUUAAUAUUCCGGUAUAUACACCCCGAUAUAUAGACCCUGUCGCGAGAAUCCCGAAGUCGGAGGACUUCGAGGACGAUUUAAGGGGAUCCUAAGCUAAACUAAGUUUCCUUCCUGUUUUAUCGACGAA